AUGAACAUUGCCUCGUCCAUCUCGGGCCGAGUACCAACCUCGAGCUCACAGCGAAGCUCGGCUCGGCAUGCCUCCGUCCGGCCCCAGUUUCGGAGCAAGGUUGUCUGCCAGCUCCAUUGCACUCACUGCAACGUCGGUGUCUGUCGGCGGGGGAUGAAGGCGAUACUCCUGGCUGAUACGAACAUCGAGCUGUUCUCAACGGAUACUCCUCCAUACGGUGUGCAACUCGUCAAUGACGACUAUGUGACUCGAAACUGCCAGUGUCGGAUCAAGGACGCAGCGUGUCUUGGUUGUGGUAAUGUCGUUGGCUAUCACGUGAGCCAACCAUGCGAGGCCUGCUUGGACGCCUGCAACAACGGACACUUUUGGAUGUUUCACAUGGGCGAAGUGGUCUCCAAGGAGCGGCUCGACGGUACGGGCUCAAAGCCGCUUCUGUGGGCCAAUUUGCCCUAUCCGGAACGGGAUGCUAUCCGAGAGCGAUACGAGUCCCUGUGUCGAUGAAAAGUGCCCUCGCCCUCUGUCAUCCGAUAUCAUCUCUUUCGAUCCGACCGCCCCGGCCGCCUGCCCACCCCUAACCCACGAAGUGGAAUGCGAGCGUUGAGCGAAUACGCUCGCCCUCAGCUCUGCUUGAUUCCGUAGUCGUGGCUGGACGAUGGAAUCCCCCCUCAUCCUCUCCUCCAUCCCAUUAUCGAUCCACUCGCCCCGACCCCUCCACCCACGCCUAGAUCCACCAGUGCCGUCGCCCUUGUCCGAUCAGCGUCGCGCCAAUAAACCCAGUUUUGAAA